AUGCAUCACCAACCGCGCUCCGGAACCGGUGGCGAGCGCCGCGGUAGCAGUUCUGGUAGAGUUUCGAGCCGCGUUCAUCACUCGAAACCCGACGGCGCGGGGAAAACCCGUGGUUGCGGUAGCUGUAUAGGUGCUUCCGCGCGGGAGGGCGCGCUUGGGGAGUUAGAAGACGAGCACGGGGAGGGGAGCUUCUCCGCCGGCGGGAAAAUGACGCCGCCGUUGUCACCCCCCGCCUGUUCCGCCUUCUGCCGUGGCGCGGCGGUAAAUGGCGCGCCGAGGUCGCGGUGGCCGACGUGGGGCUGGGCGGCAGAGAGCGGCGCCGGCGCGAAAGCCGGCGGGAAAUCCUCGGGGCGAGAAGCGGGCAGAGCGCGCGUGGUGUGGCUAUGGCUGCUCCUCGGCCUCGCGCUCACGGUCGGCGUGUUCGUAAUCUCGGGCGUCAACAGCUUCCACGCGCGCUCCGUCUCGCUGCAGCGCAUCUGCUUGCAACACGCGACUUAUUUUGAGAAUCAGUUCAACACCACCAGCAGCAGCGCCGCGACGAUCACGGAUCUAAUAAGGACGUAUUACCUCGCGGACGAUUCGCACCAGAGCCUGUUCGAUCUGGCGACGUACCAGUCGUUUACGAGCUCGACUCCCUACGCGCGCCCGCUCGCCGCGGUGAUUCUGUACGCGCAUAGAGUGAACGCGACAAUGCGGCGGGAGUUUGAGGCGAAUCUGUCGCAGCAUAGGCUGAGCGACUGCGUAUUCGCGCCCGCUGCGGCGGCAUCCGCGCAAGCCAAGGCGUGCUUGCCGUAUGACGAUCCCGCGACGUCGCAGGGGCAGGCGCAGGGGCAGGCGCAGGGGCAGGGGCGCGGGAGUGAGUACGGAGUGGUGAUUCUGUUUUCGAGUAACCCGGCGCUUCAGCUAGCGGAUACCGUCGUGUUGUCGCCCGGCAUGGACAUCGUCUCCUUCCCCCCAUUCGCCUCGGCUCUCGACCGCACCCUCCGCAAGGGCGUCAUGGGGGCUAUUUCCGAGCCCUUCCUUCCCUACGGAUCCUCCCCCUCCGCCUCCCCCUCUGCUUCCCCCUCCGCUUCCCCCUCCGCCUCUGGAGCAGCGCGCCCCAGCACCACCCUAGCUACGAUAGCCCAGGCCUUCCCAGUGUUUGACCCCGAUUUCAACAUCUCUCUCCUCAAAAACCCCACGGACCUCUCCUCCUCGCUCCAUUUCUCCGCUGCUACCUCGUCCCCCUCCCCCUUCCCCCCUUCCCCUGCUUCCCCCGCUUCGUCCUCUUCCUCACCCGCUUCCUCCUCCCCCUCGUCCUCCGCCUUCCCCUCCCCCAGUUCCCCCCCCGGCUCCCCCCGCGGCUUCCCCCCUAGUUCCUUCCCUGGUGCCCCCCCGUCCUCUCCGCCCCCGGGUUCCUCCGCCUCGCGCUUCGCCCUGACGCCAUCCCCAAGCGACCCAUCCUGGUUCAGCCAUUACAUCCGCGGGUGGGUCAUAGUGGCGUAUAACUUCACCAUUCUCUCCGACGGGCCGCUCCCCACCGCUUCCCCCAUCUACACCGUGCUAUACAAGCGCACGCCCAAGUUCCCGCCUGCUGCUGCUGCCUCCCCCGCUUCCCCCGCCUCCCCCGCCUCCCCCACCUCCUCCACCUCUUCCGGAGCGUCGAACCAUUCUUCUUCCACUUCCUCCCCAUCCCCGCCACCCACCGCCGCUGCUCCCACCUCCGCCGCUGCCCCCUCUUCCCCUCCCCCUCCGCCGCCGCUGCUGCCCGUGGCGGACGACCCCCCCUCGCCCGCCAUGAGCGGUGGCCCGCUGUCGUUUGACUACGAGGCGCUGCAUGCGUCCGCGGGGCUGGACCCAGUCGUUCCAGCUGCACUGCCGGUGAGUGGGGGGGCGGAAGGUGGGGGGGAAGGGGGGUGGAGGGAGGAAGAGGAGGGGAAUAGGCAGGGAAAACGGAGCGGGAGAAGGGGCGGCUUGUGCGGGCGUGAGUGGGGAGAGGGAGGAACAUUAGCGACUGGUUUGAGUGUGGGGCGGGGGGGGGGGAGGCGCUGCACGCGUCCGUCCGCGGGGCUGGACGUGGCGGGGAUGGACGCUGUGCGCGACUUCCCCCUCGCGCUCCCCAUCUACCUCAGGGAUCCGAGCCAGUCGUUUCAGCUGCACUGCCGCUACAUUAACACAACAUACAUCCCGGUCUCCCCGGUGCUAUGGGCCCUUCCAGUCCUCCUAUUGGUGCUGCUGAUAGCGGUGGUGCUGUGGGCGAUCGUGCGCGGAGUGGAGCGCAUGGAGGGCGACUACCACCGCAUGCUGCGACUCAAAGACCACAUGGCCGCCGCGCUCGCCUCCGCGGAGGCCGCCAGUCGCGCCAAGGGCGCGUUUCUGGCCACCAUGAGCCAUGAGAUCCGCACCCCCAUGAACGGCGUGAUCGGCAUGCUGAACCUGCUUCUGCAAACGCCCCUGGAUCCAACCCAGCUGGACUAUGUGGAAACGGCGCGGGCCAGCGGGCGAGCUCUCUGCACGCUCAUAAACGACAUCCUCGACCUCUCCAAGAUCGAAGCAGACCGCCUCGAGCUCGAGGCUCUCCCGUUCGAUCUACGCGCCGAGAUCGACGAUGUUCUCGGGCUGUUUGUCGAUCGGACGGCUGAGAAGCCCCAGGUGGAGCUGGCUGCGUUUGUGGCUGAUUCGGUGCCCGGGAGGCUGGUGGGGGAUCCACUGCGGUUCAGACAGGUGCUGGUGAAUCUGAUCGGGAACGCGUUUAAGUUCACGCAGGAAGGGCAUAUACUGCUGUGUGUGAGGGUUGCGGACGCUGCGGAGGUGGUGGUGCGGGACGGGAAUAGGAACCGCAGCAGCAGCCGCGUGAUUCUCACUGAUGCUGCUGCUGGUUCUUCUGGUGCUGCUGGUGCUGCUGGUGCUGCCGGGGUUGCUGCUGCCUCUGCCCUACCUGUUGUCCCUGGGGGUGAUAUGAGAAACAGCAAUAACAUCAGUGGUGGUUGCGCUGGGAGCAACAUCAACCCACUCUCAGCGGCUCGCCUCUCCCCCCCACUACCACCACCCUCCCACACCCACGUUCCCCCCGCCGCCCCUUUCCCCCCCCAACCUACCCUCCCCCCGUCGGCCCCGUCCCCUCCCCCCCCGACCCCGCCUUCCCCGCCGCCGCUGCCGCCGCGAGCAGCAACGGAAAUGGUGUGGGUGGAAGAGGAGGGGAGGGGAGAGUAUUUGAGUCUGAGUGGGAAGCGGGUAAUGGAGAGUGUGGGGAGCUGGGGGCAGGUGCGGCACUUGUUGGAAGGAGGAGGAGGAGGAGGGGAGGAGGGCACGAGGAGGAGGGGGGGCGUGAGGGAGGGACAGACGGUGCGACUGGUGAUCAGUGUUGAGGAUACAGGCUGUGGCAUACCGGAGAGAGCAAGGCACCUCAUAUUCCGCCCGUUCACCCAGGCAGACACAAGCACCACGCGCCUGCACGGAGGAACCGGCAUCGGCCUCUCCAUCUGCCAGCGUCUGGUGAGGAUGAUGAGUGGCAGCAUGUCAUUCGUGUCCUGUGAGGGCGUCGGCACCACAUUCUUCUUCGACGUGGAGUUGCAAGCAGCCCCGCUCCUCUCCACCUCCUCCUCCACUUCCUCGUCCUCGUCCUCCUCCUCCUCCCGCCCCGAAGCUGCUGCUGCUCCUGCUGUGGCUCCUGCAGCAGCGGCCGCUGCGUGUGAGACACCACCAGCAGCAGCGUCCGCAUCAGCAGCGGCACCAGCAGCAGGAGCAGCAGCAGCAGCACCGCUCGCGUCUGCCCCAGUCCCCUCCACCUUACCCAACCCCCACCCGCUCCCGUCCCUCCCCCCCUCUCCUCUCCUCAACGCCUGUGUUCUCCUCAUUGACAACCGCCCCGUGCGCCGUGCGGUUACCGCCUCAUCACUGCGGCGCCUCAGCCUGCGCGUCUUCCUGGCAGCCUCCCUCUCAGACAUCCCUCUCGUGCUUCUCCCCUCAGGACCAGACGAAACCUUUGCUCCUCCUCUCCACCUCAUCUCGCCUUGCUCUGACUCUGAGUCUCAUCCGGAGAGGGAAGGUGGGGCGGUGGCUAAGAGGAGAGCGGGUGGGGCAGUCGGGCGGGGAGGAGCAGGAGGGGGAGUGGCAGGACAGACGGGAGGUACGGGAGGGGCGGGAGGGGGUAACCAUGCGGUGAGCUUCGGUGCAAAGGGUUCCAUAGGUAGGGCGAACUGCAGCAGUGCGAGGGGUGGCUUUUGGGAGAGGACUGGGAGAGGGGGAGGCGGAGAGAGGGAGACGAGAGGAACAAGUGGGAUGUGGGGGCCUACCUGUGAAGAUUCAUUUCCUGUUGGUGCUGCUGCUGCUGCUGGUGAUGCUGCUGCUGCUGCUGGUGAUGCUGCUGCUGCUGCUGGUGAUGCUGCGGCUGGGCCUGGGGGUGUUGUGGAUGGGGCGUUAGGUGGGGCAGGAGGGUCUCUACACAGAAAAAGUCGGUCUGCUGGUCCUGCGCUUGGUUUCUCUGCUGCUGCUGCUGCUGCUGCUGCUGCGUUGCCAAGUGUGCCGGACUCUACGGAUGCUGACUACCACUCCCCUCUUCUCUCCCCCACUGCUGCUGCUAUUACUGCUGCUGCAGGUGUGGAUGCGGUUCGGUCCGCUGUAGCAGGAGAAACAGCAGGAGCAGCGGGUGUGGCAGGAUCACAGCAGACUCUGCUGUAUAACGGCUUGCAGGAGGGAUGGGAGAAUCCGGAGGCGCAGGAGCAGGAGCAGCAGGAGGAGCUGGAGGAGAAGGAGAGAGCAGUGUCGCUGGUUCUGGUAGAACAGAGUGCGCUGACCGUGCGUGGAAGGAGAUUCACUGGAAACGAGAUCCGUGCCCUCAUUGCUCGCGCCCUUGACCCUGCUGCUGCUGCUGCUGCCGCUGAAUCAGGCACAGCAGAAAGAGCAGGGGGGGCAAGGGGGGUAGGACGAGCAGGGGCAGCCGCAGGAGGGGGAGAAAGCAUCAGCCGUGCACGCAGCAGCAAGCAGGUGGUGCUGCUGCCGAGCAUAGCUGUGCUCGUGCAAGCUCCCCCCUCCGACCCCUCCACUCUCGCCGGAUUUGACGGCAUGGUGAGGAAGCCUCUCAGGCGAAGUGCCCUGCUAGCCGCCCUCCCGCCUCUUAUUGCCCUGCAUAGAGACUGUACCAGCAGCUGCAGCAGCAGCAGCAGCAGCAACAGCGGCGAGUGGAGGGCGGAAGGGAGAGGAGUGGGAGGAGUGGGAGGAGCGGGGGGGUCAGGAGGAGGGGUUGAUGCCAGGGAGGGUAGUGCUGCGGGUGGGGAGAAGAGGCGGGGGGCGCCUACGUGUCCAUCUGCUGCUGCUGCUGCUUCUGCUGCUGCUGCAGCAGAGGAUAGUCGUGUUAGUGCAAGCGCGUAUGAUUUGCUUACUGAGAGCACUCCCCUUCUGCCCUCCUCUUCCUCCUCCCAACAUUGUAAUGGAAUUCCCGCUGCUGCACCUCUGGCAACACGAGCAACAGCAGAACCAGCAGCAACAGCAGCGGCAGCAGCAGCGGCAGCAGCAGCAGCAGCAGCAGCAGCGGUGGCGGGGGCAAGCAGGGUUGCGGGAGGGAUUUCUCCUGAGCCAAACCCAGGUCAACAGAGUCAAAACGGGCAGAGACCCCAGAGGGUCCAUCGGGGCGAUAUAGGAUCAACCGGAGAGAGAGGAGUGAGGGGCGGUUGGGAGGGGUGCAGAGUGCUGGUGGUAGAUGAUAACAUGGUGAACCGUAAAGUGGUUUCCAAGGUGCUGCAGCGCUUGGGGGUGAAUGCUGUAGCUGUGGAUAGUGGUGCUGCGGCUGUGGCUGCGCUUGCGUUGCCACACUCCUUCCAAAUGGUCUUCAUGGACUUGCAGAUGCCUGGAAUGGACGGGCUGGAAGCUACUCGCAGGGUGAGACAGGCCGAGCUGCAAUACCAACGCAACCAGCAGCAGCAGGAGCAGCAACAGGCGGUGUGCACGCACGUGCCCAUCUUUGCCCUCACAGCAGACUCCAUUGGGGAGGUGCGGCAGCGCUGCGAAGCUGCCGGCAUGGAUGGGUGCCUGUCCAAGCCCAUCGAGGAGCGCGAGCUCGUCAAGGCGCUGGCCGCUGCUGUGCCAGCCAGCUAA